GUGAUUGGCUGAGCCUCUCCCUCCUUGAAGCCGCAUCCGCCGGAAGUCGCCAUUAGUAAUGAUGGCUGCCUCGAGAAGCUUAGCGUUGGGAAAGACAAAGGCCUCUGACGAAGGCAAUGGUCCUCCGGCCAAGAAAGGCCCCAUUUUUUAUGGGAGCCUGGAGGAGAAGGAGCGCGAGCGUCUCCUCAAGGGAGAGUCUGGGAUGCUGGGCAAAGAUGCCGUCAAAGCAGCGAUUGAGGCCGGCAACAUCAACGUCACCAGCGGUGAAGUUUUUGACCUGGAAGACCACAUCAGUGAGCGCCAGGCGGAAGUCCUGGCUGAAUUUGAGCGCCGGAAGCGGGCCAGGCAAAUCAAUGUCUCCACAGACGAUUCGGAGGUCAAGGCCUGCUUACGAGCUCUUGGGGAGCCCAUCACCCUGUUUGGCGAAGGGCCUGCGGAAAGGAGAGAGAGACUACGAAAUAUCCUCUCGGUAGUUGGCACAGAUGCGUUGAAGAAAACCAAAAAGGACGACGAGAAAUCAAAGAAGACGAAAGAGGAAUACCAGCAAACUUGGUACCAUGAAGGACCAAACACAUUGAAGACUGCCAGAAUAUGGAUCGCCAACUACUCACUCCCUCGGGCGAUGAAGCGACUGGAGGAAGCCCGGUUGAUGAAGGACAUCCCCGAGGCCACGCGAACAUCCCAGAAACAAGAGCUGCACAAAUCUCUCAGGUCUUUGAACAACUUCUGCAGCCAGAUCGGAGACGACCGGCCCAUCUCGUACUGCCACUUCAGCCCGAAUUCGAAGCUCCUGGCUACGGCCUGUUGGAGCGGCCUCUGCAAACUAUGGUCGGUGCCGGAUUGCAAUCUCGUCCACACUUUACGAGGGCACAACACCAAUGUGGGGGCCAUUGUCUUCCACCCCAAGGCAACCAUCUCCCUGGACAAGAAGGAUGUGAACUUGGCCUCCUGCGCAGCGGACGGCUCUGUCAAGCUCUGGAGUCUCGAAAGCGACGAGCCAGUGGCCGACAUCGAAGGGCACACCGUGAGAGUGGCUCGGGUCACCUGGCAUCCUUCCGGCCGAUUUCUGGGAACCACCUGCUAUGACCAUUCGUGGCGACUGUGGGACCUGGAGGCCCAGGAGGAGAUUUUGCACCAGGAGGGACACAGCAAAGGCGUUUACGACAUUGCCUUCCAUGUCGACGGCUCCCUCGCGGGCACUGGUGGCCUUGACGCCUUUGGCCGGGUGUGGGACCUACGGACCGGGCGCUGUAUCAUGUUUUUGGAAGGCCAUCUCAAGGAGAUCUAUGGAGUCAAUUUUUCCCCAAAUGGGUACCACAUUGCCACUGGCAGCGGUGACAACACUUGCAAAGUAUGGGACCUCCGCCAGAGGCGAUGUAUCUAUACCAUCCCUGCCCAUCAGAACCUGGUGACGGGGGUCAAGUUUGAACCCAAUCAUGGCAACUUCCUGCUCACUGGGGCCUACGACAACACGGCCAAGGUUUGGACACACCCGGGCUGGUCCCCUUUGAAGACCCUGGCGGGGCACGAAGGCAAAGUGAUGGGUUUGGACAUCUCUCUGGACGGGCAGCUGAUUGCAACGUGUUCCUAUGACCGAACCUUUAAGCUCUGGAUGGCAGAAUAAAGAGUGGGGUGUGUGUGGGAUUUGUCUCAGACUGUCCUAACGGGCUAUGACGCGAAUCCGUCACUGGAGUGAAAAAUGAGUUUCCAGAGCUUUCCCCUUGGAGCGUAUCUCUAUUUUUGUAUGUUCCCAUUUCGUCUCCAGCAAUAGAUGAUUGUUGAUACACACAUACAGACACACAAAGACUUCCCCGCCUUGUAUGAGUCCCAAACCCACCUUUGGAGAGAUCUCAAGACGCCAACGGAAAGCAAACCCUCGAGUCAUUUGGGUAUUUGGGACAGAGAAACGUUUAUUUUGUUGGUUUUGAUAUAUUAAAGCAAAUUGGCUGCUUGAA